GGAAGAGAGACCGCUGUUAUAUUUUUCAUUUAAAACGAUUGCUGUUUAUAAUCGAAGAAGUACUCGAUGCGGCGAGGACAGUAGUUAAUAAUACGCACGCCUUAGUUAAAAUAUGGCAGUUGUUGGAAGAGGAAAGGGUAGAGGUUUUGCGGAAGUUCGUGAAACUUCAUUACGUCGACCUGGUCAGCCAAUAUUAUCAAAAUUUAAUGAUAUUAUUAAUUUGAUCGAUAAUAUUGUUAUUAGCGAUGCAAUUUCUGGAUCUGGAAUUGAUGAAAUUUCAGAGAGAGUGAAGGAGGCAUUGGAAAAUAAUACAAUCGAAGAUGUUUUUAAUGCCCUUUAUAAGCAAGCUUUAGAAGAUAGACAAUUCUGUUUAAAAUUAGCGAUUGUUUGUAGCGAUUAUAAGUUGUAUUCAAUUAAGAAUAAUCAAUUUAGAAAAAUUAUAUUGGGAAUAACACAGAGAGAUUACGAAGAUAGAGAAAAGUUAAAACAGCAGAAUAUCGUUCAUUUUCGUAAUGCGAUAGUAUUCUUAGGGGAGUUAUAUAAUAGUCUAAUAAUUUCUGGUCCCCUGCAAUUUUUGGCACUACCUCUUCUGAAUUACCUUCAAAUGCUUUUGGAAGCUUCGGAAGAGGAGGAUAUAGAAAUAACAAUGACCCAGCUCUGUAUUAAUGGUCGUAAAUUAUGGAUGGAGUAUCAGUGUAAUAUGGAGGAAUUUGUUAUGCAAGUCAGAUCGGUGUUAAUCCAUCGUAAUUUAAGUGCAAGAUCUCGAGGAAUGUUACUAUGUAUAAUGGAAAUAGCUAAUAAAAGUUAUACAAAACUUCCUGAAAAACUGCACGAAUUUUAUAGUAAAGAGCUUGGUGUUCAUUUAUUCUCGCACGUUCAGCGACCCGAUGCGAAUUCAAUCACUAAUACAAAAUUAAAAAAUAACGUUAACUUUUGCAUUUUAGAUAAGGAUGCACAAGAGAAUAAGGCUGUAUCAUCUAGUGCAGUUAAUAAUUCUGAAGGUAUUUCGAUGAAAUCCAAUAAGCAGGGAAAAGGUUCGGAUUUUGCAUCCGAUAAAAAAAGUGAACACAGUACAGUUAAUGAGAAAUAUUCUGUACCACGAGCUAUUCGAGGAACUGGAGCAACGGACAGCACAAAAGAUAAAAGUAAUAGAAGAUCUCCUAGAGGUAGGAAGGAUAAACUAACUGACGAGCAAGUGUGGUCUUCGAAACCUAACACUUGUAGCAGAGUUUCGGAACAUGAUGAUCGUUUUGACAAAGAUUAUGAUUAAAGUGGUCUAGCGUAAUUUUGUAAUAGAUUCGAUACAUUGAUAAUCGGUGUUUAUUUGAUAAGGUCACUUUGAAUACUAAGGAUACAGUAUACUGACACUUUAAUUAUAAUCACAUAUAAGUUUAAAGUAGUUUUAAUUUAUUUA